CUGCAGCAGACGAAUUGCGGCUAAUAAGAUAUCUGAGAACUCACGUUCUCCGUGGAAUAAUCUAGUUCACACUGAACGGGGAAACCACGUAAAUUGUUGUCUUGUGUCUGAUUUUGGUUUCCAUUGAUAUAUUUUACAUUGUAUCAGAGCUGUGACCGUCAGUUUGAAGUUUCAAGAUGGUUGGUGACGACGAGAAGCACGACGAGGCCAGCGUCUCCUCGUCUGAUGAUGUGAUACCUCUUACGUCUCCACUCUACCUGCAUUCGUCUGAAAACCCUAGUCAAUUAUUCGGGAGUGACUUGUUGACAGAUCUCAACUACAACUAAUGGGUCAACGAUAUGACAAAACCCUCAUCGCAAAAAACAAGAUGGCUUUUGUGGAUGGAUCUCUUCCACGUUCAAAAGUAGGAUCGGGUAUUCGGGAUGAAGCAUUGGGUCGAUGUGAUGCCACCAUAAAGGGGUGGUUGAAAAUGGCGAUGAGCAAGGAAGUAAGCAAUAGUGUGAGAGGUGCAAAGAAUGCCCGUGAUAUUUGGGCAGAUUUGCAGCAACGCUUUGGAAACGGGUCAGCUGCUCGGGCUUAUGAGUUGCGUGGGCAUAUUAGUGGUCUGCGCCAAGAAAACAAAGCGUCUCGGCAUUUUACACCAAAUUACGCACAUUCUGGGAUGAGCUGCAAGCGAUGAGUAUCACUCCCCGUUAAUCUUGUGGAAACUCUACUUGUGACGUCGCCAAACAAACGAGGGAGAGGGAAGAGACCGAGAGCUUGUUUAAUUUUCUUCUUGGCCUCGAUGAUGCAUUCUCGGUUGUGCGCACCCAAAUUCUACGCAUAAAGCCCGUUCCCUCGUUGGCCGAAGCAUAUCAGCUAGUGGCAGCUAAAAAGCAACAACGACAGAUUAGGGGAACCCGGCGCCCUGUUGUGGAAGCGGACUCUUUUCAAACGCACAAAGAGAAGUUGAAGAUGAACUACUACGUUGUUCUCAUUGUCACGAGACUGGUCGUACUAGGGAGACUUAUUUUAAGAUCAUCGGCUACCCUGAUCAAGCUAAGAAUCGUCAAGGGAACUGCGGUGAUCGCCAAGGUGAUCGGAGUGCUAGCAAUGCUCACAAACCGAGAGGAGAAGGGAAGUCAAAUCUGCGCUCAGCUAGCGUUGAAGUUGAGGACAACCCUAUUACAUGCUUUUAGGCGGCUCAAUUUGCCCAUCUAAAGGAGUUUUUCUCAUCACCAUCAAACACCUCUAACGAGCCCACAAUACAUGCGGCCAGUAACAAUUCUGACCUUUGUGACUGGAUCAUUGACUCGGGUUGCACCGAACACAAUUUCUGGAUUCAUCUUGCCUGCAUGAAAUAAAUACUUCAGGUCCUCUCUUUCCAAUUCAAAUUCCGAAUGGAGAUAGUAUUUCAGUGGAAGGCAUUGGAUCCUUAACUGUGAAUGGUUUUCUUAAACUUGAGUGUAUGUUACAUGUUCCGACGUUCAAGUGCAACUUACUAUCUGUUAGUCGGUUGACCAAGGAUCAUGACAUUGCUUUACUCUUCUUGGCUGGUGUCUGUAUUAUUCAAGACUUACACUCCUUUUGUCUCUCAUUCUAUCAAAACUCGUGCUUGUUUCGAGUUAGUUCAUAUGGAUAUUUAGGGUGGUUAUCACACUCCUUCUAGGAUGGUUCUCGCUAUUUUUUUGACAGUGGUUGAUGACUACAGUCUAGCCACCUGGGUUUAUUUUCUUAAGUAUAAGUCAUAUGUUGAUCGCUAUCUCCGUCUAUUUUUUCAAAUGGUUGAGACUCAGUUUCAUUCUCCUGUUUGAGGAAUUCAGGCAGAUAACGGUUUGGAACUCCAAAGUCACACAUUGCGCGACUACUAUGAGGCUCGCGACAUUCUCCUGCAAACCAGCUGCAUCAACACACCCUAGCAGAAUGGCGGUGCAGAACGAAAGCAUCGUCAUCUACUCGUGACUGCUCGCGCUCUUCGAUUCCACUCGGGUCUCCCUGUUCGUUUUUUGGGAAAAUGCGUUGUCACGGCUAGCUAUCAGAUACAUAGACUAUCGUCGCGCAUCCUUGGCCACAAGAAUCCUUAUGAGGUACUUCUCGGUCGAAUUCCCUCUUAUGGGCAUCUUCGCAACUUCGAAUGCUUAGUUUAUGCAAAAGACACACGCCAAGGUCUUGACAAAUUCAUCGAGAGGGGGAGACCGUGUGUGUUUGUUGGGUAUCUGGCUGCUCAGAAAGGCUUUCGAGUAUAUGAUCUUCAUACUCGUUGCAUCUAUUCCUCACGAGACGUUCACUUCGUUGAGGACAUGUUUCCAAUCCGUGAGAAGGAAGUACCAGCCAGAGAAACCGUGAGAAAUGACAUUUCCAAUCCUCCCAUUGAGGACGUGGAACUAACCCAAGUGAUUCGGGCAGAUCAUGAUGAUGAGGAGGAUAAUGCGGGUCACUCCCAUGAAGACCAUGAAGAAAUGGUGACCCAGUUGCAUGGAGUGCAUGAGGAUGAGGUGCAUGAAAUGCUUGACGAGGAGAAUAAUGAAGCUCUAUGGGAGCCAGAGGAACCCGGUUUGAGGCGUGGGACGCGCAUUCGACGACCCCCACAUGUUCUUGUCGACUUGUAUGAAACUGAACUUGUAGGGCAGUCCCGUGAAGAAGGAGUGUUGAAGUAUCCCAUUGCCAACCAUGUCGGGUAUGACCAUUUCUCUCCUAAUGAGCGAGCGUAUCUUGCUGCCAUUUCAAAGAUAGUAGAGCCCAAGACCUUCGAGGAAGUCGUGAAGCACGACUGCUGGAGAGAAGCCAUACAGAGAGAAAUUGAUGCAUUAGUAACCAAUGGUACGUGGACUUUGGAGACUCUUCCGCAGGGUAUGAAAGCCAUAGGCGCCAAGUGGGUUUACAAGGUAAAAUACAGACCCGAUGGUUUUGUUGAACGGUAUAAGGCGCGACUAGUUGUAAAAAGGGUUCAUACAGCUCGAAGGUGUCGAUUUCCAUGACACUUUUGGACCAUUAGCCAAAGUGGUAACAGUGCGUGCCCUCUUGGUAGUAGCAGUUAAACGAAGUUGGGAUUUACCUCAGCUGGAUGUGAAUAACGCCUUUUUGCACGGCGAUAGAGGAGGAGGUAUACAUGCAGGUUUCGCAAGGGUUUUCAAGGUCAGGUGAUAGCAGGGUCUACAGACUGAGAAAAUCACUUUACGCGCUGAAUUCUAUACAUGCAGGAGAUUCAACUCGCAUUGAUCGUGUCAAAUUAGGUUAGAUGCAAUGGAUUUGGGUUCAAUUGUCUUUCUCAAACAAAAGGAAACGGCGAAUGAAAAACACUAAAGGUAAAACUCGCUACCGACUCAAAAGUCAUCAAUACCAGGUUCAACUCGCUUUGAGCUGGUUGAACCAAGUUUUGAGCAAAUUCACACCUGACACAACCCGCAAAUUAUAAAAACAUAUAAAACUCGCUCCUGCCGGAAACUUGUAAACACCAGGUUCAAGUCGCUUUGUUCGGGAUGAAUUAGGUUGGAUACUCAUGCAUUUGGUAUGGAUUUUUGGUAGCGACAUUGAGAACAGUGGAGGGGACAACUUAGGAUUCCGCUAGGAGUGUUUUGGGAAGGUUGUGAAUUGGUGAGCGAUGCUGAGGAUUGGACAGAGCAUAUCUAGUAUGGCUCCUUGGUUGAAGCCAUGGCAAACGGUGGAUGAUGACAACUCAGGAUUCCACCAAUAGUGUCUCGAGCUGUGUUGCGAAAUGGUGGGAAAUGCGCUGAUUUGGGUUCAAAUUAGGAUGUCCAUGUGUUUGGGUUUAAUUGUGAUGAUGCUCAAUAAAAAGGAAAAGUAGAAAGAAAAAAACACUAAAGAGAAUGAAACUCGGUCUCGAUACAAAACUCGUGGUAACUCACAACCUAUGCUUUUUUAUAUUAAUUAAUGUUUUAGAUCAAUUGUGAUGAUGCUCGACAAAAAGGAAAAGGAGAUUUUUCCAAUAAUAGCACCUAUUAAAAAAAUUACAAAUAUAGCAUCCAGCUCACAAUAUUUACAAAAAUAGCAACAUUUUUAUCAAACCGCACCUCCAAGGUGCGGUCUAUGUUUCCUCGGGAGCGGGCUUGGAGACCGCAGGAUCCAGCUACGAUCCAGCGACGGACCGUUUGCCACCUCAGCGAUCCUUACUUCGACUCUUACUUCGACUCUUUAUAAAGAUAUGCAUGUCUAAGGAAAUGGGAUUUUAAGCGAUUAACAUGAUCCUCCCAUUUCCUGGGAAAAUCGGGUAUUAAGAGAUCCUCGGAUCCUCCCUUUUUCUGUCAAAAAGGCUGCGUUUCUAAGAAGAUAUAUAUCUCUUCUAAAAGUCUAAUGAGUGUUGCAUUGUAUUCGAUUAAAUUAUUUAAAACAACCAAUACGAUUAAAUUACUUACCAAACA